UACUGUAGGCCGAAAGGUCUGUACAUGUACAUGUACAUAAAUGAAUGCGGAGCUCGGCAAUCAACAUUCUAAAGCCGAGACAUGAUGGUUCGCGGGUGAGGUGAGGUGAGGUGAGGCUCGCCGGUGACUCGGAGGCUUCGAGGCUAUCUGCGAUGCGAGUCCUGGAGUCGGUGGUGUAGUAAGGGCGCAUUUUGAUUCCUCCCACUUUAUGGCAGCGGAAAGCGGAGCGAUCGAUCGACCGAUCGAGCGAGUCGACGUGCGGCGUGUACGAAGCACUAAUUUACAGCGGACCCGCGUAGAAUACUUCUGCGCACACUUGCAGCGAUGGGUCGGAAAUGAAAGGAAAGGAAAGGAACGCAAAGCAAAUCAAAGUGAAGCAAAUCAAAGCAAAGCAAACCAAAGCAUCGCAAAGCGAAGCAAAGCAAUUGAGAGCAGAGCAGAGCAGAAUGGACGAGAGGAGAGGAAAGGAAAGCAGGGCGACGUGUUGGAAAGGGGCUCGGAUCAUCCACCUGCUCCUUUUCCCGGGUGCUUAGGAGCGAGCGAGCGAGUCCAGGGCCUGCUGCAGGUGUCGGAUAUCCAUCGGGGAAGACCGAGGGCGAGGCCAAUUUCGACGCCGAAGCCGCAAGGGCCACGGGCCAGCAUGCACCGCGUUCCUUUUCCGUGCAGGUUCACGGAGGCCCGCAACAGUCAGUAACGGAAGGCGACAGGAGCAACCGUACUGGCAUGGCAUUUCACGGUGGGGAGAAUUGCAGGGCAUCACAUCCGUUUUUUAGUGCCUGACAUCAACAGGGCCAUUUUCCAUGCACACCAUAAUGUACCCGAAGUUAUUGAGAAGAGAGAGGGAGAGGGAAGGAGGGAGAGUGAGGGCUCACUUGCAUUGGGCAGUCCGCACAUCCAUAGCCCAUUACAAGUGGAUGCCAUAUUCAUUGAGGCCAUUGCUAUCUACUCUCCUCUUACUAAGUCUUUCUCGUACGUUUCUCUCUCCAGAGAUUAUAUUUCAGUUCGAAACUUUUCUUCUGAGAGUCAUGUAAUUCACUUGAUGUUAAGUGAUAUAUAGUUUCGCGACAACUUGAUCUGU